ACGAUACACAUCGCCCAUCCCCACUCUGAAAUGCCAUCCCUUUGAAAUGUCAAAGUCAAAGUGCGCAGAUUGAUUGUAGUGAAGAAGAUUAUGUGAUUAUGUGAAGAUAUUGCUUAUCAGCGAUGAUAAUUUUUAAUAAAUAUCAGUUAAAAUAAGGUGUAGGGUAUAGUGACCCAUAAAAGUGUGGUGUAAUAGUGCAAAAUGUCUAUAAGGGCUUUAGGGACUCGUUUAUUUAAACAUGGUACGAGCGUCAUUCGCCAUAUACGCAAAAGAAAUCUCAAUACAACCAUCAUUGCCGACAAAAUUAAUGUCGCACAACAAGUUGCACCUCAACCCCAAGCUCUAAAAAAUAAUCUAGCACCCAGGGGCUUCGGUUUAAGGACUGUUGGUGUGCAGAUUGGCCUACAGGCAAGAAAAAUCCUUAUUGAUAAUGUUCUCAAUCGAGUUACAAAUAGUUUAGCAGCUGACUUAAGGAAGAGAGCUGCAAGAAGGAUUUUAUAUGGAGACUCUGGUCCAUUCUUUGCAUUAGUAGGUGUAAGCUUAGCAUCAGGAACUGGGUUAUUAACUAAAGAAGAUGAAUUAGAAGGAGUUUGUUGGGAAAUACGGGAGGCCAUUUCCAAAAUCAAAUGGCACUAUCACGAUGUCGACAUCGAUGAAUCACGAUUUGAGAACACACCAAUAACACUUAACGAUUUAUCUUUCGGCAAACCAAUUGCAAAGGGAUCUAAUGCUGUAGUUUAUGCUACUAGAAUUCAAACUCCGGAUGAACAACAUAAAGCAUCAGCAGAAAUGACAAACACUAAAAUUCAACCUGAACCUACUGAUGACAUUACAAGAUUCCCUCUGGCUUUGAAAAUGAUGUUCAACUAUGAUAUACAGUCAAGCGCAAUGGCAAUUCUGAAGGCAAUGUAUAGGGAAACUGUCCCUGCUAGGUUGUACUACAGCAACGUAGGAAUUUCAGAUUGGGAGAUCGAAUUAUCACAAAGAAAUAGACAUUUGCCACCGCAUCCGAAUGUAAUUGCUAUUUUUUCUGUAUUUACUGAUUAUGUACCGGAGUUAGAGGAUUGCCGAGGCCUUUAUCCAGCUGCUUUGCCAAGAAGAAUAUAUUCAGAGGGAGAGGGACGGAAUAUGUCACUGUUUCUGCUUAUGAAAAGGUAUAACACUAAUUUAAAAGAUUAUGUAACUUCCUCCGUUCUAUCCAAAAGAACGUCCAUCUUGCUUUUUGCACAGUUGCUUGAAGGCGUAGCCCACCUAACAGCACAUGACAUAGCCCAUCGCGAUUUGAAAUCAGAUAAUCUUCUUCUAGACACCUCUGAGGUAGAUACCCCUAUUCUAGUAAUCAGUGAUUUUGGAUGUUGCCUCGCAGACAAGCAGAAUGGCUUAAUGCUUCCUUACACUAGCUAUGAUGUCGAUAAAGGGGGAAAUACUGCUCUCAUGGCCCCAGAGAUUUUAGGCCAACAACCUGGGACUUUCAGCGUACUGAAUUACUCAAAGUCUGAUUUGUGGGCGGCGGGAGCCAUCGCUUACGAGAUAUUUGGAUGUGUUAAUCCGUUCUAUGGAGAUAAGAAUCAGGAGAAAUUAAGAAGUAUUAAUUAUAAAGAGGACGAGUUGCCGGAACUGCCAGAUCAUGUGCCGACAAUUAUUAAUAUUCUGGUUAAAAACUGUUUGAAGCGCAAUCCCUCCAAGCGACUCCAUCCUGAAAUCGCAGCGAAUGUUUGUCAGCUAUUUUUGUGGGCACCUAGUACUUGGCUGAAACCAGGCAAUAUAAAGCUGCCUACCAGUGCAGAGAUUUUGCAGUGGUUGUUAAGUCUCACUACAAAAAUUCUUUGUGAGGGAAGGAUCAACAACAAGACAUUUUCGCAAAGUAGCGAUAAUAUUAUACCUGGUGCAGAGACAGGCAAGGCAGAGGGGACUGUUCAAAAAGUCGGGCGUAGGACGUAUCCCGAAUACUUGCUUAUUUCUAGCUUCCUGUGUAGAGCUAAACUGUCUAAUAUCCGAGCAGCUCUUUCUUGGAUUCAAAGUAUCUCUUAUGAGGUUUAAAUUAUUUUAUCUUUGGUUUAUUGGGGCGUAGGUCAUAUCCCGAAUAUUUACUUAUUUCUAGCUUCUUGCGUAGCGCUAAAUUAUCUAAUCUGUGAGCGGUUCUUUCUUGUAUUCAAAGUAUUCUUAUGAAAUUUAAAUCGUUUUAUCUUUGGUUUAUUGGGAGGCAUUUUUGUUAGUUAAGCUUUGUGUUACUAAAUUUCAAUAUUAACACUCAAGGAAAUAAUGGAAAUUAAUUAAAGUUAAUUUUAAUAUAAUGGAAGUCGUAGUGUUAAAAAAAUUUUAGUUUUAGGUAACAAGUCGGUUCAAUUUUUUUUAAUGAAAAUUGGAAACUAAAGACUGGUUAAAAUUGUGAUUUAUUGAUAAACAUUAGAGUUGGAAAAAUUUCGAUUUUUAUGGCAAUGCGUCUAUAUAAAGUACUUAAUAAUUUAAAACGUCUUUUAAUUAAAAAAAAAUCAAUUCGUUUAGAGUAGUAAAAAUAAAUUUUAUGGGUUUGAUUUUCCAGCUCUAAAAAAAAUUAACGGGCACUUGCUCCUGUAAAUAAAAUUAUGUAAUAGACAAGAUCCUUAUCUGAUUCAGAAAAGUUGGAUUCAUUCGAGAUUAUUUAAUAAAUACUUUAUUUCAUCA